AUGGGCAUGAAGUAUCACACUGGUGAUUUACGAAAUGCUCAGAAGGUUUACAAAAUGUGGAAGAACAAAAAUAUUGAGAUGGAAAUUCGGAAACGAAUUGAGGUUAGACUGUCUUCAUCAAACGUUAAUAGUAACAUAGAUGAGUCAAUGACCUCAAUGAUCAGUACUCCUAUGAACGAAAAUCGAGAAGAAGAUGGACAGCCUCAAGAUAUUGAAUCUGUAGUAGAAACAAUGACUCCCACGGAAGGAGCUCGAAACACUGAGUCUGUGGUUGAGACAAUGACUGUUAUAGAAAAGACUAAAUCAGGUGUAGAGUUAGGGAGCAAUGAGUUGGAUGGGUCAAUGUCUCGUAAAGGCAGCACCCCCAAUGAAAAUGCAAAAGUGGAAGAGUCAACGACUUUAACAGUCGGUACUCCCACAAUUCAAAACAAUAAUAUGGAUGGGUCAAUGUCUCGUAAAGGCAGCACCCCCAAUGAAAAUGCGAAAGUGGAAGAGUCAACGACUUCAACAGUCGGUACUCCCACAAUUCAAAACAAUAAUAUGGAUGGGUCAAUGUCUCGUAAAGGCAGCACCCCCAAUGAAAAUGCGAAAGUGGAAGAGUCAACGACUUCAACAGUCGGUACUCCCACAAUUCAAAACAAUAAUAUGGAUGGGUCAAUGUCUCGUAAAGGCAGCACCCCCAAUGAAAAUGCGAAAGUGGAAGAGUCAACGACUUCAACAGUCGGUACUCCCACAAUUCAAAACAAUAAUAUGGAUGGGUCAAUGUCUCGUAAAGGCAGCACCCCCAAUGAAAAUAUGAAAGUGGAAGAGUCAACGACUGUAAUAGUCGGUACUCCCACAAUUCAAAACAUUAAUAUGGAUGGGUCAAUGUCUCGUAAAGGCAGCACCCCCAAUGAAAAUAUGAAAGUGGAAGAGUCAACGACUUCAACAGUCGGUACUCCCACAAUUCAAAACAAUAAUAUGGAUGGGUCAAUGUCUCGUAAAGCCAGCACCCUCAAUGAAAAUAUGAAAAUAGAAGAGUCAACGACUGUAGUAGUCGCAACAAUGCGAUAUUCUGGAUGGGUCAACGACUAA